CCACUCGCUGCCGGGGGCGCUCUAUGCACAGGUCCCUGCGGGAGGGCGGCCAGGGAGCCCCCCAUUCCAGCUGGGGGGCGCACCGGCUCCAGGAGCCCGCUGCCCCUCCCCUCGCAGGACGCCGCGAGCGGCAGGAGGCGGAGGAGGGCGCCGCUGCACGCCUCGCUCUGCGCCUCUCCCGGCUGCGGGGCCGCCAUGUCUCCGCUGCGCUGGGGCGCUUGGCUGCUGCUGCUCGCCGGCCCCGCAGCCUCCUCCGCCAGCCCGGCCGACGAGAGCGGCGGGGCGCGGGGAGGGGGCCGCGGGGACGGGGAGCGGGGGGCCCGCGACGAGCCGCAGCGGCAGCAGCACGAUUCCUCGUACGGCACCUUCGCCAGCGAGUUCUACGACCUGCGCUACCUCUCCGAGGAGGGUUACCCUUUCCCUACUGCUCCUCCUGUGGAUCCAUUUGCAAAAAUUAGAGUGGAUGAUUGUGGAAAAACCAAGGGAUGCUUUAGGUAUGGUAAACCUGGAUGUAAUGCAGAGACUUGUGACUAUUUUCUCAGUUAUCGUAGAAUAGGAGCUGAUGUAGAGUUCGAGUUGAGUGCUGACACUGAUGGCUGGGUGGCAGUAGGAUUUUCCUCAGACAAGAAAAUGGGUGGAGAUGACGUCAUGGCUUGUGUUCACGAUGAUAAUGGAAGGGUCCGAAUACAGCACUUUUAUAAUGUUGGUCAGUGGGCUAAAGAGAUCCAGAGAAAUCCAGCUAGAGAUGAAGAAGGGAUUUUUGAAAACAACCGUGUGACUUGUCGAUUUAAACGUCCUGUGUAUGUUCCCAGAGAUGAAACUAUUGUAGAUCUUCACUUGAGCUGGUACUAUUUGUUUGCUUGGGGUCCAGCAAUUCAGGGUUCUAUAACUCGGCAUGACAUAGACUCACCGCCUGUAUCAGAGCGUGUUGUCAGUAUUUACAAGUAUGAAGACAUUUUUAUGCCAUCAGCUGCCUAUCAGACCUUUUCUUCUCCAUUCUGUUUGCUUCUUAUUGUUGCACUGACCUUUUAUUUAUUGAUGGGAACCCCAUGAUCACAGCUGGAUAUGUAUGGAAGAUAGUGAGAAUUUGUUAGUGAGAGUUCCUCAGGAUGGAUGAAUUUUCUGUUGGAAUUCAUAUCACAUGAUCGUCUAGCUGCUUUGUUGACAAUUUCAUCUUCUCAGCAAGGAAAUAACCUCUCCUUUGAGCAGUAAUGGUGUGCCAAAUAAUUAAGAAUAAUCAAGGAGCAAGUAACAAACCACUUCCAGUGUAACUACUAGUUGUUUAAUGAAAAAUACUUUUGUAAAAUGUGUGUGUGUGUGUUGGGGGGAAUUUAGUAAUGGACAUAUAGAAUCAAAUUAUUUAAUACACAGUUUCCUUCAAUUCAAGAACUAAACGUUGGGGAAAUAUUGUCUGUUAAAUACUUGUGGUGCAGAUAGCACACCUGUAAGUGCAGUUUCUGAACUCAAAGUCAGGGUACUGUCACAGCACCGCUGUUUAAUAAGGACUGCUUUGUGAUAAUGGGCUUUCAGCUCCCAAAAUACUUUGAAUUUGACAAAAGCAACUCACAGGUCUAAAUGGUUCUGGUGCUUUCCAAAACCAGAAAAUGCUUCACAUUCCCAGUACAAACAAAAUUAAACUUUCCAUUGCAGAAUUCUAAUAAUUCUCUGUACUAUAAAAAUAAUUCUUAGACACAGCCAUACUUAAGAAGACAUAGCUAAGCUUUUUAUUAAUGAGAGAUGAUGCUAUAUAAACAAGAAAAAAGAAAAUUAAUGCUGAUAUAAAUUCUUCAUGAUACAGAAAAAUGCCUAAAAGUAUAUAGACUACAGAAGCCCCUGCAAGCCAUAAGACAUCUUCCAGUAGGCAAAGUAAGUUUCUUUUUUUAUGAAAAAAUGUUAUUUAGAUGUAAACGUCUUUUAAACAGCUGUUUUGCAGUAACCAUAAAGUGUCUGUUCUCACCUUGCUAUCUGCCCUAAAUUCCAUUCAUGUUAAAGAUGAGCAGGAGCAGCAGCUCAUUGUUCCCAGAGCAAUGCAAACAUGAUCUAUGGUACUAAUAUGAAAAUAUGGGAAUAAAUAAAAAGAGCCUUAAAUUCAGUUCCAUCAGAAUCAUAGGUAAAAUCAUAUUUAUCCAAUGAGGAAAAAGACAAUUCAACCAUGAAAAUAGAUUUGAAUUUUCUAACCUUCAAAGCAGUAUUACAAAAAGGGAAAGAAAAUAGUUAAGUGUUAUUGUAAAUGGGAGUGGCAGAAAUGUAUCAAAUGAAGAAUAGAUCACAACUUAUUCUAAAAUGUUUUGGGUUAUUGCUGUACAUUUUUACUGUCUACAUGAUAGGAAAUUUAUGAUUACCUUAAACAGGGAAGCAGCUGUCUCUUAAAUACCUGAUCUUGCAGAUAACACAUGCACAAAUCUUCCAUCCACUCAAAUGGGAGUUCUGCAUGCUUUAGGGUUGCAGGUUCAGUCCCUAAGUUAUACUAUGUAUUAGGCUGUUGUACAAAGAGUACACAGCGCUUGACAUGUUUGAGAACUCUUUAGCGCUGUGUACUUGUAGAGUGUCUUAUUUGAGAUGAUGUUUCCAUCUUAGUUAUUGCAUGGUGAGGUAAUAAGAAAAAAAAUAAUUGGAGUUUUGUAAUUUGUGCAUUAUUACUCACAGUAUAAAAUUCAAAGGUUGAUUUUUUUAAGGCUUUGCAUUCCUCGAAACUGUGUGCUUAAAGUAUGUAAAUUUUCAGUUUAAAUGGUUAUUUACCUCCCUAGCAAGCAUUUUGUCCGUAUUUAAAAUUGCAACAUUUGUUUAAAAAAAGGAGUAUUAAUUAGAAAAGUUUACACUUUAAAGUGCUUCAUAAAUAGUGACUUUAUCUUAGUGCAUUUCAGUAAGUGAAUCCUCUAUACCUGAUUAACCAACUAAUUAAAUAUGUGAUAUAGUUGUAGUGGGUCAGAUCCUUGUCCCUGAUAGGGUCUGCUUUGUGGAACUCUGGGAGCAAAUCAUAGCCUUAAUGUGUUCUAAGCAGACAGCUGAGAUUCUUCUGGUGUAGCAGAAUCCUUUGAUGGCAUAGAUCUGGGUAGCUGGCUCUAUGCCAUAGUCUCUAACACUGGAGAGAAGAAUGUGGUCAAAGCAUGCUGUGUGUCCCAUGUGCUGCUUAAAUUACAGCAGGGAGCCUGUUCAGCUCCCAGCCCAUGGCCAGUUUUACUACCAGCAUAAGUUAAAGCAGUCUCAGGCCUGCUCUAAUUUAGAGGCACUUACAGUAGCCCACAAGGGGCUGUUCCAGCAGCUAUAGAUUACUGGAGCAUAACACAAACCUAUCUUUGCUCUCCUGCCUCCACUUGACUCCUGCUCGCCCUCAAAAUUGAGGUCAGUAUAUACAAAGACAGUAAAAAUAACACUAAGAUACAAAGAGAUUUAAUCAGCCUGACAAAAGUAAACAGAUUCAGAGCUGAGGCUAAACCUUUGCACUUAUUGUAUUCCUUUGUGUCAUGCUCGUGGAGAAUAUACACUAUUUCAGAUUACAGAGCUUUCAGGGCUGGUGGCUGAGCCUAUGCCAUACAUUAAGGCAAACUUCACUUUUGCCUUCACUUUCAGAUUCUGUUUUUGUGAGUUAAAGUUCACCCUUUACCUGAGAUUAAUGUAUUUUUUUUGGUUGUACUUUCCUUUUGUUCAGAUAUUAGUAGCAGUUUGCACUUUUAUAGCACCAAGGAUCUCAAAGUGAUUAGCUGGCCCUAUUUAGCCUUCCUUAAUAAUAGAGAAAAAUACAGCAAGUCUACCAAAAAAAAAAAAAGAGAGAGAGAGAGAGAGAGAAACUAUACUACUCUUCAGCUUUUCAACUGAUGUUUGAGUUUGUAUCUAUUAAUUAUUAUUCUACUAUACCAUAAUUUUACAUACUUUACUGAUAUUAAAAAGGCAUAAUCCCCGCCCCCAAAAAUUUAAUGUUCAAGGGGGGAUGGAAGAGGGUUUAAGGAGAGUGGAAGGCUACAAACAGCCAUUGAGGAUUAGAGGUAUGAGAGUGGAUAAUAGUGGAAAAGUAGAACUGCUUGGCCAAGAACAGAGCAGAAGGAAGAAAGAACAAGCCUAUAUGGAAGAAAGUUGGCAAGAUCAUGGGACUUUCUCCAUGAGCAUCUCUACAGAGCAGGAGCAGAGAUAAUAAAGGUGAGGAGAGAAACAAGGCUGGGAACUUAAUAUAUAUUCUGUAUUGGAAAGAUAUUAUCUAUAGCAAAGUCCCCUUUUCACUACAGCAUCACUGCAAUCUUGCUUCCUAAAUGGAAGGUGUCUCCUACUACCGAAUAACAGAGACUUCUGGCAAUGCCUAUCACCCACCCUCUCCCCCAAGUCAGAAUAGGGUACAUGGUAGUUAAAGUAGCACCAGGUUGGAAAUGAAACAUCAGAAGCAACCCAGUUUCAGAAUUUUCACCAAGUAAAGUUGCUUGGACUGCUAAUAUUUGGAGAGGACAGGAAAAGGGUGAAACUGCAGCAACGCUGUAAUUAGGUUUGGAAGGAUUAGAUUUUUAACAGUAAAUGUAAAUAAACAUUGAUUUCAACACACACCCAGAAACCAACAAAAAAUAUUUCCAUUUAUGAUAACUGAAAUUUGCAGAUAGGCAAAAUUCAGCUUGAACGCUUGUUAGAGUUUGAUUUAAGGAUAUGUACUUUGUAUAUUUUGAAGUGGUGAUGUUGAUAAUUUGUGUUAAUGGUUAUAAAGUUUUAACAUUUUGAAUUUCCAAUUCUGCUGCCAUUAAAUAAUUGUCUCCCUCCCCAUAAUUUCCCAAAACUGUGAAAAUUUAAAUCAAAUAAAAGUGGGGCAAAAAUGCUUUAACUCUAUAAUUGUGCACGACUGUGAACAUUGAAAAAAAUACUUCAAAAUAAACAUCAAUAUUAUCAGUCAGUUAUAAUACAAAAUUGAAGUCUGCCAAGCCUAACUAUAACAGAGAGGAAAGGUCUGAACUUUAGUGAAAUUUGACUCUUGAUAUAAUACCUCUUUAGUAGUAACUGAGCAUGCCCCGUAACUGUUUCUUAUAUGUUGUUGUUUUAAAUACUAAAAAGCAGUAGUUAGUCCCUGAUAUGAUGAAGUACUGUAAACUUGCUUUACAUUUUUUAUUGCUUGUGGAGGGUGCCCUGGAAACUAAAGUCCUCUUUACCCACAGAAGCUGUAUGCAGCAAUGCAUGCUUCUUCAUACCUCCCUAACUAAUGUGUAUCAACCCCGACCAGGAGAGUCAAUCUCUAGGGAGAGGAUAGUUUAGUCUCCAUACCAAAUCAUUUCUUAGCCUACUUACUGAGAUUACUAAUGAAUUGGCCAUUAAAGAACAGUUUCAAAAGGCUUCCAUUUUGUGUACGAGGUGAAUUAAUUGUAUAGUUACCUGGCACACAUGCACAAAUGCAGGCACAGGAACGUGCAUGGAAAUUUUGCGUGUACACAAUUAGGAGGCCUUUGGAAAUAUGGCCCAGAUUGGUCUUUUCCAACAUUAUCUGUAUAACCAACAAAAGGCAUUAGUUACCACCUGGGACCAUGUAUCUGUAUAAAAAAAUUUUUUUUUAGCUGUGAGUUCUGCUUAUUAUGUUAAUCAUAGUGUUACCUUGUGCUCCCUUUGUCCAUCUUCACCUGUUGCCUCUCAUUUUAUACAUAGAUUGUAAGCUCCUUGGAGCAAGAAUCAGAUUUUUGUUACGUAUGUACAGUGCCUGGUGCAAUGGGACCCUGCCUCCUCCACGGGGGCCUCUAAAUGCUACCACCAGACAAAUAAUAAAUAUAAUAAUUUGGCCUGUUUUUCCCAGAAAGAAAGAAUGAGAUAGGAAAGAGAGAGAAAAAGAAGAGGGAAGGGAAGCACAGCUGAAGACUCCCUUUUUACUUUCAUAAAAACAUAUAAUCUCAUACAGUUUGUUUAUAGUAGAAAAGGUCUUAAAACCUAAAUUACAACAUUACAAACUAAACAGUAUUACUGAUUUUAUGAAGUAUUUAAAUAGAGGGUAAUUCAGUUACCCAAAAUUCAAAAGCAGAAUAACCCUGUUUUCAUACUCGAAAGAAACUGUAGUGGGGAAAACUCUGCCUCUUCUCGUCCCACUCCUCCCCGCCACACACACUUGCUUUGCUGCACUCCAGUGGUACAAAGGGAUAAGAGACAUUUAACUCCCCUGUUAUGGUUAUCCCUAUCUUUAGGAUGUCCCCAGCUGAUGUAAAUGUAGCAGAGCUGUCAUUCAUUUAUGUCACCCUCUGCACAAUCACCACCAUAUGGUGGGGGAUGAGGGGAGUGAAUGGAACAUGAUGUGCUAACAGCUAAUCUUUUUGAGACCAUUGCAAACUGAUACAGGUUAAAGAAGCACUCAGGCUGAGCAAAGAAUCAGGAUCUGCAACCACCUUUCAGCAGAACCCAGAAUAAUUUAGAUGCAGCAGAUAUUAUAGCUGUUAUGUGAUAAAUCCAGUGCAAAUUUAGCACAGAGUUGGCUGCUUAAUAAAAUUACAAUUCAUUUGUUUAUGUAAAAGGUCCAGCAUAGAAACCUUGGGAUUGCCAUACCAGAUCAGACUAAUACCAGUAUCCUGUCUUUCAUCGUGGCAAUUAUAGAUGCUUCCAUGUUAAGGCUACCCAGAUCAUGGUUUGAAGUCCUUGCUGGACCUCAGCCUGUGCUGCUUAUGCUGCUCCCAGUCAUUGUGGGCAAGUGAGUGGAGAGACUGUGGGGAAGUAGAGUGAGCCAAAUGUGCCUCCUCCCCCUAUUUCCCAGCAAUGUACCAGACAGCAGAGCGGGUGAGUGCAAGGCAGAAUGUAAGCUGUGUCCCUUUCAGAGCUCUCUCAUCUCCUCAGCUCUCUUCCAGGGAUAGUGCAAGUAUGCCUCCCCAUAUUCAGGACAGAGGCUAAAAGAUUAUAAAUAAAGCUCUAGUUUUUUUUAAUGUAUGUUGUCUUUUAACAUCAUUGGAUGCCCCCUUGUUUUGCCACUAUGAAAUGGGGUAAACAGGAAUCCCCACUCUGUCACUCUGAGAGCAGAAGGCGGGGGCCCGCAAGGGUUCUAAAAAUUAAUACUUACCACUCCAGGCUUGUAUUAAACUCCCAUAGUUACAGCUUUUCUCUUGGCUUGGUAAAUGCUGCCACCACCCAAAUGCAAAAAAAAACAAAACAACCCUUUGAACCCAGGAAGGAGCACUUGGGAAUUCCUCCCUGUGGGGUACCCUCAAGGGGAAGAGCUGAGAAAUAAAACAAAGGAAAUUAGCUGUGGCUAUCAGCUAAUCAAACAACAUGCACAAACCUCGUAGGACACCAAAAAAUCCAGUCCUGUUCUUAAUAAAGGUAAAUUUUAUU